AUUGUGUGUGUUUAGGAGUGAGAGAGCGGCAGUAGCAGGCGGUAGCUCAGCACUCCAGAUUUCCAUGGCUCUCCCAUUACAUCUCAAAUGCUAUCCAUAUCCAUUCUCUCUCCCUUACACCUUCAACCUCUCUAAACCACCAUCACCAUUUCCUCCUCUUUCCUUCCCCAACAAAACCAAUCUCUCUUCUUCAUUUUCUUCCCCAAUUCACAAAAACUUUUCAAUCCAGUCCUCCUCCUCCACUUCUCCAACUCCUCUUCUCCCUCCUGACUUCACAUCCAACCAACUCCUCGACGCCGUCCGCCGCCAAAACGACGAGUCGUCCGCUCUCCGCCUCUUCGAAUGGGCCUCAAAUCAGCCCAACUUCUCCCCCUCUCCUUUGCUCUACAACGAAAUCCUCGGAAAGCUCGCCGCCGUCGGCUCCUUCGAGUCGAUGAAAACCCUCUUGAACGACAUGAAGAAGAACAACGACGACUGCCACGUGGGCCCAGGUACUUUCCUGAUUUUCGUUGAGGGUUAUGCCAAUUUCGACUUGUACGAUGAAAUUUUAGGUCUUGUUGAUGUGAUGGAAACUGAAUUUGGGGUUAAACCGGAUACCCAUUUCUAUAAUAUCUUGUUGAAUGUAUUUGUUGAGGGAAAUAAGUUGAAAUUGGUUGAGGAAUCUCAUUCGGAUAUGCUUAGGAGAGAGAUUAAGCCUGAUGUUUCGACUUUUAAUGUUUUGAUUAAGGCACUUUGUAGGGCCCACCAGAUUAGGCCUGCCCUUUUGAUGAUGGAGGAAAUGAUGCCAAAUUAUGGCCUCUCCCCGGAUGAGAAAACAUUCACCACUAUUAUGCAAGGGUACAUCGAGGAAGGUGAUAUUGGUGGUGCCUUGAGAGUUAAGGAACAAAUGGUUGAUUAUGGAUGUUCUUGUACUAAUGUUACUAUUAAUGUAUUGGUUAAUGGGUUUUGUAAAGUGGGUAGAGUUGAGGAAGCCCUCGGGUUUAUCCAAGAGAUGGUGGAGAGUGAAGGGUUUGUUCCUGAUAGGUUUACUUUCAAUACAUUGGUGAAUGGUUUGUGCAAGAUUGGGCAUGUUAAGCAUGCUUUGGAGACGAUGGAUGUGAUGCUUCAGGAGGGAUUCGAUCCCGAUAUUUACACGUAUAACGCGUUGAUUUCAGGGUUGUGUAAGUUGGGGGAAGUUGACGAGGCUGUCGAGAUUCUGAACCAGAUGGUUUCGAGGGAUUGUUCCCCGAAUACUGUCACAUAUAACACGAUCAUCAGCACGUUGUGUAAAGAGAACCAGGUGAAAGAGGCGACAGAACUUGCCCGUGUUUUGACAAGCAAGGGUAUUUUGCCCGAUGCUUGCACUUUCAAUUCGCUGAUUCAAGGUCUGUGCUUGACGAGUAAUCAUAAAGUUGCGAUGGAGCUCUUUGAGGAGAUGAAGAACAAAGGGUGCCAGCCGGAUGAAUUCACUUACAAUAUGUUAAUUGAUAGCAAUUGUUCUAAAGGGAGGAUAAUGGAAGCUUUGGGCCUGUUGAAAGAAAUGGAAUCGACUGGUUGUGCACGGAAUGUGAUCAUAUACAAUACUUUGAUCGACGGGUUGAGCAAAAAUAAAAGGAUUGAGGAAGCAGAGGAAAUUUUCGAUCAGAUGGAACUCCAGGGAAUUUCGAGAAAUUCGGUGACCUACAACACCCUCAUCGAUGGCCUAUGCCAGAGCAGGAGGGUGGAGGAAGCUUCUUUGCUCAUGGAUCAGAUGAUAAUGGAAGGCUUGCAACCUGACAAAUUCACUUAUAAUUCGCUUCUCACAUAUUUCUGCCGGGAAGGAGAUAUCAAGAAGGCGGCAGAUAUUGUUCAAACCAUGACCUCAAAUGGUUGUGAACCAGAUAUCGUCACAUACGGAACACUUAUUGGGGGAUUGUGUAAGGCUGGUAGAGUUGAGGUCGCAAAUAGGCUUCUUAGAACUAUUCAGAUGAAAGGGAUGGUCUUGACUCCACAGGCUUAUAACCCUGUAAUACAAGCAUUGUUCAAGCGAAAGAGAACAAAAGAGGCCACGAGGCUUUUCAGAGAAAUGAUGGAGAAAGGCGAUCCUCCAGAUGCUAUCUCCUAUAAGAUUGUGUUUCGCGGGCUUUGUAAUGGUGGAGGACCGAUUGGAGAGGCUGUUGAUUUCGUGGUUGAGAUGACAGAGAGAGGAUUUGUACCGGAAUUCUCGUCAUUUGCUAUGCUUGCUGAAGGGCUUUGUGCUUUGUCUAUGGAGGACACCCUCAUCAAGCUUGUUGAUCUGGUGAUGGUUAAAGCAAAGUUCUCGGAUAGUGAAGUUUCCAUGAUUAGGGGUUUUCUCAAAAUCCGUAAGUUUCCUGAUGCAUUGGCCAAUCUUGGUGGUAUUUUGAAUAGCCGAACGCCUAGGAGAUCAUCGUACCGGUACAGAUUAAACUAACAUAUGCUUCUCUGAAUCCAAUUUGGAGUAAAACACAAAUGCGACGGGUUUUGAGUACGAAUGCUGUUGGUUUCUGCUGUUAGUCUUGGGCAGGUGAGCAGAUCAUCUUCUAGUUCUAGUGUUCCAAUAGUUGGAAGAGGAAAAUGCAGAGAUAAUGUGGAAGAAACUCCUUUUUUUUGUUUUUUAAACAUUGUGCACUGGACGGAAGUCACAGAGCCACUGCGAGAGGAGGUAACAAUUUUCACAUAGAAGAGCAACACCACUCUAGGGCAAACUACUUCAAGGCAAUAAAGUGAAACUACGACUGAGAAAUUACUUUGCUGCUGCAAAAUCAAUUAGGCUAGAUUAGGAAAUAUAAAUGGCUCCCAUCUUAUUCGUGUACCUGUCAUUGGUGGUUCAGUUCUUGGUGAUUGAGUGCCAUGAUUUGCCGUUUUAAGGGUUUUACUUUUUAACAAUAAUGAAGAGAAUAUUUUGCAUUUGAUAUAAAUAUCUAUUUCUCCAAAAAUUUCAGCUAUU